UCCUUUUACCGUACAUACAGAUGUAGGCCUAUUGUUUACGUCCAACCCAUUACUUAUCAUUACUGAGCAGUGUAAGCUGAGUACAGCCAACAGACAUGCGGCUCACGUGGAGUUUAUGUGUGGCCCUCACACAGCUGGCUGUGGCCCGAGCAUUUGCUACAACACCCAGCCCCAGCUUGCCGGAGUGUAGGUCAACAAACAGAGUGCCGCCAUCUUGUGAUUUUUUGACUGUCUGUAACUACAUCAGCUAUCAUGAAGGCAGCACUAACCUAAGCUGGGUCCUGGCCAGUGGCCCAAUGAAACCUCUAGCCAGUCUAUGGAGACCGCCUGGCUCUACAGACCAAAGCUACUACGUGUACUUGGACGGCAAGAAUGGAAUGCCAGUUGGAAGCAAGGCUAUGAUGAGUGCUGAGAUAAGUCAUGACGUCACAGCCAUCUGUGUAGAGUUCCAUUAUGCAACAAAUGGUAUCAACGGUAAACACAACAUCCGGGUACUUCUACAGUCUACACCAGGGUACGGUCCAAGCUACAGAACUGACCCUGUGGUGUUUGAGUUGAAGAACUUCACUACAACAUAUGCGUGGAAAAUGGCGACAUUUUCUACAUGCCUCAACGGUUCACGGCAUAUAUCUUUUGAAAGUUCGACCAUAUCUGGAUUAGAGAAAGUGUCAAUAGACGGCAUCAAAGUUACAGCAGCUGAUCUACCGUGUGAAGCUACAACAACAGUUGUUACAACAAGUGUGACACAACCACCCUGUACAGCCACUGACUUGCCAUCCUGUGACUUCCAGACGUUAUGUAACUAUGUCAGUUACUAUGAAGAAAACUCUAACCUGACAUGGGUGCUGUCUAAUGGAACAACCAGACCAAUAUAUGCGAACUGGAAAGCUGAUCCAACAGAUCAAAGUUUCUAUGCAUUCAUCAACCCGAAUGGUGUGUCAACAGUUUCACACAAAGCACUACUGAGUGCUCACAUUUGUGAAGAUCUUGGUGCCGUCCAUGUAGAGUUUCAUUAUGUAACCAUUGGUAAUCAGAAGCACAACAUCAGUGUCUAUCUACAGUCUACACCAGGAUAUGGUCCAAGCUACAGCAGUGACAACUUGGUGUUUGAAUUGAAAGACCUCAGUACAUCGUAUCAAUGGCGCAGUGCUAAUUUUACUACGUGUCUAGAAGACAAAUUUUACAUAUCUUUUGAAGGUUCGGCAACGUCAGGAUAUCAGACAGUGGCACUGGAUGGUAUCAGAGUUACAAGGGCUGACAUGGCGUGUCCUAAUAGUCACGUGACAUCAAUACCCACAACCACACCAACGACAACUGCACCAUCAACAACAGCAGUAGCGACGUCACCAUCCUGUACAGACCCAGCCACCGACUUACCAUCCUGUGAUUUCCUCACAUUAUGUAACUACGUCAGUUACCAUCAGGGGAAUACAGACAUCAGCUGGAAGUUGGCUGAUGGAGAUGGGAGACUAACAGACCAAAGUCACUACGUAUACUUGGAUAAUAAAAGCCCAGCUCCCUUGUCAAGUAAAGCAAUUCUCAGUGCCCCAGUAUGUCAAGCUUAUGAUGCUAUUCAUGUCGAGUUUCAUUACGCAACAAAUGGUAUGCAGAAUCAAAGCUUGCGUGUUCUCCUACAGUCGACACCAGGGUAUGGUCCAAAUUACGAAACAGACCGUGUUGUGUUUGAGUUAAAGGACGUUAACACAGCGUAUCAGUGGCGCACAGCUUCAUUUACUACUUGUUUAGAGGAUACAUUUCACAUCUCGUUUGAGAGCAGCAAGAUAUCUACCGUGGAAACAAUGACUCUUGGCGGAGUUCAGAUUACUCGGGCUAACAUGAAUUGCUUGAUACGACCACGUUUUACCUAUGAAACAACAUUUUCUACAACUGGAAGAACUUCAACAACUGGAAUAACUUCAACAACUGGAAGAAUUUCAACAACAGCAAGUACCCAUAGAACAACAACAACUGUAACAACUUUAACUACUACCUAUAGAAUACCAACAACUACCGCGCCUGAAUCUACCACACUAAAAACAUCAAAUAUAUCGGGCUCGCCUUCCUGUGAGUUCCAAACGUUGUGUAACUACAUCAGUUACCCUGGAGACAAUACCGACCUGACUUGGGUAUUGGCCGAUGGACCAAUGAAGCCAAUCAUGAACGGCUGGGUGAGACCUGGGGCAACAGAAGCCAGCUCGUACGUGUACAUGGACGUGUACACAGGAGCUCCCGUCACCAGCCAAGCUCUGCUGAGUACUCACAUUAGUCAGGACCUGACAGCCAUUCACGUCGAGUUCCGUUACGCCACCAGCGGUUUCCAUCCACACGACAUGCGGGUACUUUUACAGUCUACACCGGGGUACGGUCCAAGUUACGUCACUGAUCGUUUGGUGUUUGAGUUGAAGGACGUCAACACGGCCUUUACAUGGCGUUAUGCGUCGUUUUCCGCGUGUUUACACGGCAAAUACUUUAUCUCAUUUGAGAGUACAAAAAUCUCUGGCCUAGAGACUGUUGCACUGGACUCUAUUCAAAUCACAAGCACUGGUAUUGACUGCUCUACAGAUACACAGGGCAACUAAGAAGUUGUAAUGCAGUAAACAGGGGGAAUUCUGCAGUAAACAGCGAAUUCUGCAGUAAAAAGAUGAUACUGUUGGCACGCCAACUCUUCAAGGAGACUGUGGUCUUUACAAAAAGAAAAAUUGUCAUGUAUUGCAAUGUUUAGAAUGUACAAUAAUUGUUUUCGACUUUAAAAGACACACAAAUGUUUCAUUAGGAUUGUCCAAAAAUUAUUUUAUGCACUUUUGGACAAUUCUUAAAAAAUUUCCUUCUAUCGCAGUUUAUCGAUCCUCAUUUACAUACAAUUGAUGUCACAGUGUCCUACCAUUUACAUCUACAUCCAUGUAAUAAAUAUUAAAUAGUAAUGAAACCUCUCCAUUAAAAAGUCAUGGAAUAACGAUUGACAUAGGUAUGUAUGUUUACAACCCUAAUGUGAAGUAUGUUUGAAUAUUUACACGCACCACAUUAUCAUCUACACAUGGCUGCUAUUUUUGUAGUGAUCAAAUAAGGACAGUCCCUGUUUUUUUAUGUUAUUCGUGUGCUUGGGGGUGGGGGGGAUUUAUUUAGUUUUAGUAGUAUAAUUUUAACGCCCAAGACAGAUCUGUAGACAAAAGUCUUCUUGAAGAACAGAAGACAGCAUUGAUGCAAAUCAAGACGGAGACAAAAAAAAAUAGAAGGUUAUGGUAGAUGUCCAAUGCUUCACACAGAGUACGGAGUAUUUGGUCAAGUCAAAUUAAUUAUUAAUUUUUCUUUAAGAUUUUUUACAUUUUGUUUGAAUGUUAUAAUUAUCACAAUAAAGAUCAUACUGCACAUAAGCUCAUUACAACAUAUUGGUAUAACUCUAUGUAUUAGCAGCUAUUUAUAUGAAACCAAAUAAAUUGGUCGAUUAAAAAAAAAUACAACCUGA